AUUGAAGUUGCAUAGACCAUCGCCAUUGUGACCCCGUCCCAAGGAAUUGCAGCGUCGCCCACAUGAUCAUAUCCGCUUCCGCCUCACGUCGACCAAGCCAGCAACUAGCUCUUCAUCAACUGCCUAGACACUUUCAUCAUGCUCCGCGUCAUCCGCUCCCCUGCCUUCCAGCGACAAUUGCUCGCGUGUGGCAUCUCCACGUCCAGAACGCUCCUCAUGGCUUUGCAGACUGUCAAGCCACCGCUGACGAGCCUCAAUGGAGCUGCAAUGACGGCCGAGCUGGGGCUUGAGGGCUCGCUCGAGGAGGUCGCUUCGAUCCACUUCUCGGAGUCGUCUGCCUUCCCCGAAUUCUCGCCCAUGGAAGACACAUUGCUGUCCACAGCUGUGUCUCGAAUCAAGUAUGAUAGUACGUUGACCAGUCUCAAUGGCGCCGCAAAGAGGGCCCAAUUGAGUUUUGAAGGUACUCUGGAGGAGGCUGCAUCAAGCUACUUCUCUGAGUCUUCAGCCUUUCCGGAGUUCUCUCCAAUGGAGGACAAAUUACUAUCGGAGACCGUGCCUCGUAUUAAGACCAGACAGUCUACCAUGACGAGUCUCAAUGGUGCUGCAGCGAAAGCGGAUUUGGGACUGACUGGAACACUGGAAGAAGUCGCAACGAGUCACUUCUCCGAGUCGUCGGCCUUCCCGGAAUUCUCACCUAUGGAGGACACGCUGCUCUCAGAAGCUGUGCCUCGUAUGAAGCCCAAAAUGUCGUCCAUGACCAGUCUCAAUGCUGCUGCAAAGUUGGCACAACUCAAUCUUGAAGGCUCGCUCGAGGAUGUGGCAGCCACUCAUUUCUCCGAGGCCUCAGCCUUCCCAGAGUUCUCUCCAAUGGAAGACACGCUGCUGGGGCAGGCCGUACCCCGGAUCAAGUCGAAGGUCUUCAUCAUGGACGCGCACUCACUCGCACAUGAGAAACUCACCGAAGAGAUGCAGCAGCACUUCUGUGCCUCAUCUGACUUCCCGGAGUACUCCGCUGCUGAAGAAGAGGCCAUGUUACACAAGGAGUAAGCGAUCGACCGUCGAUUGUCUUGUCUUUGCGUUCCGUAUUGGUUUUGCUUGCAUGCUGUAAAUUUCAGGCUCCAUGUAAAAAAAGAAAACAAAAUACUUAAGUAAAAAAAAAUUACGCACAUCAAGUCAACAGGAACACUUCGUUCGAAUUGUUCGCGUCAUUACUAUGUACCAAACACACUGUACCCAUCAUACAUCUGACUGUCAGAUUCUGACACGGAU